AGUCGUGUCGGCAUCGGCUAAAACCAAUACAAAUCAUGACUUCACAACCCACGUCAUCACUCCCAUGGAGGACCAGGCUCGCCAUUUCAUUUCUCUCGACUCUUACGGACCUCACUUGCCGUCCCGACGGCACUGUCAACCGCCGCCUCCUCAGUUUCCUCGACUUUCAGGCCCCUCCCAACGGCAAACCCAUCAAAUCCGUUUCUACCUCCGACAUAAUCGUCGACAGUACCCGAAACCUCUGGUUCCGUCUCUUUUCCCCCUCUGGCCCCCUCGCAGCCAACUCAAACCCUCCGGUCUUCAUUUUCUUCCACGGAGGUGGAUUUACCUUCCUCAGCCCUUCAUCUAAAGCCUACGACGCCGUUUGCAGGAGAUUUGCUCGUAAACUCCCUGCGUUUGUCAUCUCCGUUAAUUACCGUCGGACCCCGGAGCACCGCUACCCCGCUCAAUACGACGACGGAUUUGACGUUCUUAAGUUCCUCGACGAAAAUAGCGAUACCGUACUCCCAAAAAAUGCUGAUCUGCGCCGGUGUUUUUUGGCCGGAGAUAGCGCUGGCGCCAACUUGGCACACCACGUGGCAGUCCGAGCUUCACAGACUGGAUUCCGGAAGGUUAAACUAAUCGGGUUAGUUUCUAUACAACCAUUUUUCGGAGGGGAGGAACGGACCGAUGCAGAAAACCGACUAGUAGGGUCCAGCUCUUUCUUAGUUUCGGUACCACGAACCGACUGGUGCUGGAAAGUAUUUUUGCCAAUCGGGUCGAAUCGGGAUCAUGGGGCAUCAAAUGUGAGCGGGCCAAAUGCGGUAGAUAUUUCGGGUCUGGAGUUUCCAAAGACGGUGGUGUUUGUGGGUGGGUUUGACCCGUUACAGGAUUGGCAACGGAGGUACCAUGAUUGGUUAAAGAAAUCAGGGAAGGAUGCGACUUUAAUCGAGUAUCCAAACAUGGUUCACGCGUUCUAUGUUUUUCCAGAAUUAAGCGAAGCCACUACGUUGAUUAUGCAGGUGAAGGAUUUCGUUGGCAAUUGCAUGUCUAAUGCAUGAAAUGUAAAGGGAGAUAAAAUAUUCAUGCUUAGUGGAAUAAAAAACAUAACACAGCUAACUCUACUUGUAUUUAGAUAAAAAAAAAAAGUUUAUGUAAUUUAAAUUGUUUUAGAGUAUAUAAUUUUAAUUAUUAAAUAGAAAUGAGUCUUUUAA